AUGUUGCAAAAUGUCCUUAUUCUCAUGCUUGGUCAGCUUCUUCCAUUGGUGAGAACCAGGUAUCCCAUCUUCUUCCCCUGUGACAGUGAUGUGAACGCCACCUCAAUAGACUGCUCUCACAGGCCACUCGUUGAAAUUCCUGUUCUCACCUCUUCAAAAGUGCUGUCACUCAACCUGAGCUGGACCAAGAUUAAGGAAGUGGGACAGCAUGCUUUCUCGGGAACUCCAAACCUUCAUACGCUGAAAAUAAUGGGGAAUUGUCCCCCGGGUAACCAGCGAGCAUUUUAUGACCGCUCAUGCAAAAUGGAGAUCCACUACCAUGCUUUCAAAGGCCUGCAGAAUCUCCAUUUUCUCUAUUUGUCAGGAAACAGCCUCACGUCCUUACCCUGGUUACCAAAAAGCUUGAGGAUUCUGGAUCUGGAAAACAACUGCAUCUUCAACAUACACCGCCCUUUGAAAGUUCCAUAUCUAGAGCAACUCUCCCUCAUGAAAAACUGUUUUUAUCUCAACCCUUGCAACCAGUCAUUUUACAUCAGUGAGGAUGUUUUCAGGGAGCUUCCAAAACUCAAGCGUCUGACUCUGGGUUACAACAAUUUGACGUCAGUCCCAACAGGGCUGCCAUCCUCGCUGGAGAGACUGGAUUUGAGAGAGAAUACAAUCACGGAGAUUUUAGAAGGAGCAUUUGCAAACCUGACUAAACUCAACUAUCUAAAUCUGGAGUGGAAUUGCCAGCGCUGCGAUCACGCAGCUCGACCAUGCUUUCCCUGCCCCCAAAACAAGUCCCUCUUCUUACACCCAAAAUCACUCUAUGCUGAGAAUAGCUCCGUCGUCUACCUCAGUUUGAGGGGAAACUCUCUGCGUGAUUUCCCAGAGGGCCUCUUCCGACCUUUGACCAAGUUACGAAGACUGGACCUCUCUGACAACCUCCUGGCGUACGCCAUCCGUAAUGGCACCUUCUUCACGGAGCUGAAGAGCCUGACGUGGAUCAGCCUCAUCUAUAACUAUGAACCCAUGAGAACAUUUGAUGAGCUGAAACUUUCACCACAUCUUGGCCACAUCUCUGGUCUGAGAUAUCUUCUCCUCAGUGGGAACUUUUUCCACAUGCUUUCAGCACAGAGCCUUGACGUUUUGUUCAAACUGCAUGAGCUGAAGGUCCUUGAGCUGCGAAUGAACUUCAUCAACUCAUGUGACAUGAGUGCUCUGGGACGCCUUCCUUCCCUGAAGAAAGUGGACCUCUCACAGAACAUGCUGAACUUCUUUCGGUCUUGUUCCGGUCCAUCCCCUGAGAAUGCUUUGCAACAUGGCCCCUGGCAGGACCUGGCCACGUUUCAUGAUUUCCCUGAUCCAGCCCUAAUACUUGUGGAUCGGAGGGCCACUGAAAACAACCCAUGGCAACCUCCUGAAAAGAAGAUAGAGGCUUUCAGUGAACUUAAUGCUACUCUGAAGGUAUUAGACCUCAGCAACAAUGAGUUUCACUUCCAGAUGAAGGGCAUGGGGCAUCGCUUUGGGUUCAUCCGCAAUCUCACUUAUUUGGAAGUCUUAAGUCUGGCAAACAAUGGCAUUGCGAUGAGGAUAGAUCAGAGGCUGGCCAGUAAUUCACUGAAAUACCUCUAUUUCUCUGGAAAUCAUCUUGACAUCAUGUGGGACUCCAGUGACAACAAUUACCUCCAUUUCUUCCAGGACCUUGAAAAUUUAAUCCAUCUGGACAUCUCUCAGAAUCAUUUGAGAUCAAUAUCGCCAGUUGUGCUCUGUAACCUACCAAAGAGCAUCGAGGCCCUCUGGAUCAGUAACAACAAACUGAACUAUUUCCCAUGGCAGAACGUCACGGCUCUCAUCAAGCUGCGCCACCUCAACCUCAGUGAAAACCACCUAUCCUAUUUGCCAAACACAGCCAUAGAUUUUGGCCCAGAUUUUGCUCUGUUGGACCUCAGUUACAACCAGAUCAGCUUUCUUCCUGAGGACUUCUUCAAUAAAGCAGAAUCCUUGCUAUAUCUCUACCUCAGCCAUAAUAAUCUGAAAGCGCUAAACCACCUGUCGCUCCCUGCCCUGCUGAAAAAUGGUACAGCUCUUCAGAAACUCACCCUGCAUGCAAACCCCUUUGAAUGUGACUGCGAUAAUUCCGGGUUCGCUGAAUUCCUGCGGUCCAGCACAGUGCUGAUCCCCUAUCUUACCACCAGCGUUCAUUGCGAAUUCCCAGAGUCCCUGCAAGGUAAGAGCGUUCUGUCCAUCGACCAGCGCUCCUGCCAGGAGAUCUACGGGGGCUUGGCCUUCCUCUUCACCUCCUUCCUGGUCGUGUUGCUUACAAUUUUACCCCUGUUGAAACAUCUCUACGGCUGGGACCUUUGGUACUGUUUCCAGCUGUUGUGGGCAGGAUACAAGGGCUACUCCCAUUUACCAGGCAGUGACUUCCAUGGUCACUAUGAUGCAUUCAUAGUAUUUGACGUAGAUAACCAGGCUGUGAGGGACUGGGUCUACAACGAGCUAACCGUCCACCUGGAGAGCUCGGGUCACAGGAGGUUCUGUCUCUGUUUGGAGGAGAGAGACUGGGUUCCUGGGCUCUCCUGCAUCGAGAACCUCCACAAUGCUGUGUACAGCAGCGUGAAGACGGUGUUCGUGCUGUCCAAAGGCUGGAGUAGCAAUGGCGACGCGGUAGUGAAUGGCGUGAUACGUCAGGCUUUCUUCAUGGUUCAGCAGAGGCUUCUGGAUGAAAAGGUGGACGUGGCGGUGCUGGUUCUGUUGGAUGAGAUGUUUCCCAAACUCAAGUACCUGCAGCUGAGGAAGCGACUGUGUCGGAAGUCGGUGUUGUCCUGGCCAAGGAAUCCCAGGGCCCAGCUGCUUUUCUGGAACAAACUGAGGAUGGCGCUGUCCUCAGAUAACCUCCGGCUCUAUGACAACAACAUGAGCGAAAGCUUCAUAUGA